UCCAGCUUUCUGCUGAGAGGAUCUGAAGGGCUGCUGAAGAGAGGGGAAAAAAAAAAAGAAAAUAGCCAAGCCAGUGGCAUCUCUGUGGAUGUGGAGCACGGGAGCCGCUAGGCUGGCGCAGAUUCCCGGGCUAAGUCGGGAGUUACAGCUGUUCCUGCGGAGCUCCACCGGCCGCGGCGACGGCGCCUGGGCACAGCACAGACCCAGCUCCAGCUCCAGCUCCAGGCUCUGCUCUCGUCUGCCUCACCUCAGCAUCGCCAUGGAGCCCAACAGCCCCAAAAAAAUACAGUUUGCUGUGCCCCUGUUUCAGAGCCAAAUAGACCCUGAGGCAGCUGAGCAGAUCAGGAAAAGACGGCCGACGCCAGCAUCACUCGUCAUCAUGAAUGAGCACAUGCCCCCAGAAAAAGACGAGAAGAGAACAACCAUCUCACAGGCAGAGUCGCAGAGCGCCUCCCCCAAGCAGAGGAAGCAGAGCGUCUUCACCCCUCCUGCCCUCAAAGGGAUCAAGCACCUGAAGAGCCAGAGUGAGUCAGUGUUUCCCGAGGAAGAAGAGGCGCUUGGCGAGCGGGAGGAGGAGUGGGGCCAUUAGCCAGCCCAUCCCGGAGCCCAUCCCGGAGCCCAUCCCGGCCCUGCCGUGUCCUGCCCCGGCAGCAUCCGGGCCCCGCAGGCCCCGCACACGGGUCCUGUCGCCCUCCUUCCCGGAGACAAAACUGAUAUUUUAAACUCGGGUUUUUUUCUUUUAUUUUCUAUGACUUAGAAAUGUAAUUCGCAAAUGUGUUAGCUCCCCGAGGUCAGUACUGCCAGAGCUUAACUGCUGCGUGUGAGCUGUAUCUAAGGCUUGUUGUAAAUAAAAGUGAU